AUGGAGGAGUCCCAGCACGAAGCAGCAGCACCGCUACCCACCAUGGCCUUUUCCCCUAUUGACUCGGAAAAUGAAUGCGAGGAUGAAAAUUUACGUACACAUUUUCCCGUUGGUGAUGAUCUGCCCCCUCAAAUUGUCAUUGAAAAUGGUGAAAAUGAAACUGUAAGUGAUGAGGACGAUAAUAAUGGCAAGGGCAAGGGCAAGUUUGAGUGGAAGCUCGUAAGUGAAGACGAAAAUGUUGAGCAAAAUCAGCGAGGUAUGACAUUUAGCUCUAUGGAAGAUCUUCGCUCAUAUUAUAGGCGGUUUGGUCGGAAAAAAGGUUUUGGAGUGGUAAUCAAAAAAGUCACUAGAGACAAAAUCACUGGGGAAAGCACACGUGUCACCCUUGCAUGUGGGCGUCAAGGCAAGCCACAACCCAAAACAAGCCAGCCAAAUCCCACAGUAAAAACGGACUGCAAGGCGAAGUUGAAUGCAAAGUUUGUUGAAGGACAGUGGUAUGUGACUAGUGUAGUUAUUGACCACAAUCAUGAUUUAAGCCCAAAGACGGGAAGAUAUUUUAAAUGCAAUAGGAAUUUGAAUUCUAACGUGAGAAGAAAGAUUAUAAUAAAUGAUAUGUCUGGGAUUAAACUGAGUCAGAGUUAUAAUGCUCUUGCUGUUGAAGCUGGGGGGUAUGAGAAUCUUCCUUUUAUAGAAAAAGAUUGCAGAAACUUCAUUAACAAGGAAAGGCGCAUUCGGCUUGGCCAAGGAGGUGCUAAAGCACUUCUAGACUAUUUGAAUAGGAUGCAAGCAGCCGAUAGUGGUUUCUACUUUAGAGUUGAUGUUGAUGAUGAUUCUAGAUUGAAAAAUGUAUUUUGGGUUGACGCAAGAAGUAGGGCAUUGUAUGAAAGUUUUGGGGAUGUUGUGACAUUUGACACGACAUACUUAACUAACAAAUAUGGUAUGCCAUUUGCUCCAUUCGUGGGAGUGAACCACCAUGGUCAGUCAAUCCUUUUUGGAGCAGCAUUAAUAUCUAGUGAGGAUACAGAAAAUUUUGUAUGGUUGUUUGAGAAUUGGUUAAAUUGCAUGAAUGGCCAAGCGCCCAUCGCAAUUAUAACAGAUCAAGAUCGGGCUAUGAAAAAUGCAAUUGCAAGAGUUUUCCCAGGAACCCGACACCGAUAUUGUCUAUGGCACAUUUUGAAAAAAAUUCCUGACAAAUUUAAAUCAUAUUCAAAUUAUGUUGCCAUUAAGAGUGCCAUACAUAAAUGUGUUUAUGAGUCUCAAACAUGUGGUGACUUUGAGGUAGGAAGGAAAAGUCUACUAGAUAGUUAUGACCUUAAUGAUCAUGAUUGGUUGCACCAGUUAUAUAAUGACCGGACUUUUUGGGUACCGGCAUAUCUAAAAGGUGUGUUUUGGGCUGGUAUGAGGACUACACAGCGGAGUGAAAGUAUGAAUGCCUUUUUUGAUGGCUAUCUGCAUCCGUCUACCACUUUGAAGCAAUUUGUUGAUCAAUAUGAUCUUGCUUUGCGGAAGAAGGUUGAGAAUGAGACUCAUGCAGAUUUUAAGUCUUUUACUACUAAGGUAAAAGUUCAAAAUGCAGUAGUUGAAGAUGCUUAUGUGAAAUUAGUAACAUAUGUUGUCUAUUUCAAUGGAGCUGAAGAUGAAUUUGAAGUAAAAUGCACAUGUGACUCAUUUGAAUCAAGAGGCAUCGUAUGCAGACAUGUCUUUUCUGUAUUGUGUGCACAUAACAUUACAUCUUUGCCACCCAAAUAUUAUCUUGAUCGUUGGAGGAAGGAUGUGAAGCGAAGAUAUACUUUAAUUAAAAGUAGUUUUGAUGCGUUGAGUGCCAACCCCGAAGUAGAAAGAUAUGACACCUUGUGCAAACGUAUGCUUACAUUAGCAGAGGUCGCUGCAAGAAACGUGGAUGAUUACACAAAAGUCAAUAAGCAUAUUGAUAUGUUAAUGAAGGAAUUACGUGGUUCAAGUCCACCUUCGCUUGCACUUCCAGACGUAUCUUUAGCAUGUAAUGAAUUCAUUGAUGAUGUUGAGUUGGCGGUAGAUGGUAAUGAAGUUCAUAGUCCCAAUGUAGCUAAAAAAAGAGGAAGGUUACCGCAUAAAAGGAAGAUGUCUGCGGUGGAAAAAUCUACAGUGAAAAACAGUAAUCCCAAUCAAAGGAAACGAAAGAAGAAGACUUCCCAUGGAGAUGAUGUUCCACACAGUGAUGUUUUUGAAACUCAAGAGAGUGCAACUACUGAGGAUAUGUGGCCACUUGCGCUAUUGGAACGGUGA